CGCAGGUCGCAGAUAGCUGACGAACUUCACGCAAGGCGCAACGCAAACUUGUGUUGUCCGUGUUGUCUACGUGUCGCUGAUACUUCGGUCCCGGUCGUCCAGAAAAACAUUAACAAAAAUGGAUUUAAUAUAUCGUGCACCGUUUUUCGUACUAGAAGUGCCAAAUCUGAAAUUGAAGAAACCAUCAUGGUGUGUCAAACCCAGUGCGAUGGUUGUUUUCUCCAUAGUAUUGCUUUCGUACUUCAUGGUGACAGGAGGAAUUAUUUAUGAUGUUAUUGUGGAACCGCCAAGCGUUGGAUCGACGACCGAUGAACACGGGCAUACCAGACCGGUUGCCUUUAUGCCAUAUCGUGUCAAUGGUCAAUACAUCAUGGAAGGCCUGGCUUCAAGUUUUCUCUUCACACUCGGAGGAUUGGGUUUCAUAAUUCUGGACCAAACUCACAGUCCGUCAACCCCAAAACUCAACAGGAUUCUUCUGAUUUGCGUUGGUUUCAUAAGUAUCAUCGUGUCCUUCAUUACUUGUUGGAUUUUCAUGCGUAUGAAGUUGCCUGGAUACUUCUAGUGGUACUAGAAAGCCAAUUCUGAAUUGGCUCAAACAAAAAAUACAGGGACAAACGAUCAUUUUACAGCAGAAAAAAGCUUCCUUACAUCAUUGUAUAUUUGUUUUAUUUUUCAAUUAUACUUCAUCAAUCAAUUCAAUAUUUGCCCUGGAAAAUAAGUUGAAUUGUGCGGUACUUCAAUCUUCGCGCGAAACCACGAAUUUUUUUUAUUAUUUUAUGAUUUAACCUUUAGAGGACGGAAAAUUUUCAGUUCAAAUCGUGUAAUUCAUAUAUAAAUCGAAUGUAUACCUCAGGACAAGUCUCCGACCGAGCAGGAGGUUCCUAAAGGGACCAGUCCCAUCCUCUAAAGGUUAAAUUGGCCACAUGGUCAUUUUACAAGGAGAUUAUCACAAUUUCAUAGACUAUGAUUUUCAAAAAUUCUUCCAUUGAUCAGUUAUUCUUGCAUUAAAUUCGUCUACAAUAUCUAUGUAUAUAUAGUAUAUAAUAUUAAAAAUCUCUUAAAUGUAUGCGCCAAAAAAUAUGCUUGGCAUGAGUGACAACUGUGAAGAAAUUUUUCUGUUCUAAUUAUUAUUCUUGGCGGAGAGGACACUGGAAAUAAAUGAGAAUGUAAAAUUGCUGAA